UUUGAGCUUUUUGAUUGGUGGACACAGCCGGCAGUGCGAGAAACCGGAAGAGGAAGUGGUUGCGCCAGCCCGGCCGUGGCAAUGCAGAGGGAGGAGAAGCAGCUUGAGGCAUCAUUAGAUGCACUGCUGAAUCAAGUGGCUGAUCUGAAGAAUUCACUGGGGAGUUUCAUUUACAAGUUGGAAAACGAGUAUGACCGGCUCACCUGGCCCUCUGUCCUGGAUAGCUUUGCACUGCUCUCUGGACAGCUGAACACUCUGAACAAGGUCUUAAAGCAUGAGAAGACACCCCUGUUUCGUAACCAGGUCAUCAUCCCUCUGGUGCUGUCCCCAGAUCGAGAUGAAGACCUCAUGCGUCAGACUGAAGGACGAGUGCCUGUUUUCAGCCAUGAGGUCGUCCCUGACCAUUUGAGAACCAAGCCUGACCCUGAAGUUGAAGAGCAGGAGAAGCAGCUGACAACAGAUGCUGCCAGAAUUGGUGCUGAUGCAGCGCAGAAGCAGAUUCAGAGCUUGAAUAAAAUGUGCUCAAACCUUUUAGAGAAAAUCAGCAAAGAAGAACGAGAAUCAGAGAGUGGAGGUCUCCGGCCAAACAAGCAGACUUUCAACCCUGCAGACACCAAUGCCUUAGUGGCAGCUGUUGCCUUUGGGAAGGGGCUAUCUAAUUGGAGACCUUCAGGUAGCAGUGGUCCUGGCCAACCCGGCCAGCCAGGAGCUGGUCCAAUCCUUGCAGGAGCCUCAGGAUUACAGCAAGUUCAAAUGGCAGGUGCUCCAAACCAGCAGCAGACAAUGCUCAGUGGAGUCCAGAUGGCUCAAGCAGGUCAACCAGGGAAAAUGCCAAGUGGGAUAAAAACCAACAUCAAGUCGGCUUCAAUGCAUCCCUACCAGCGGUGAGUGUGGACAGCAGCCUCCACUCUCAGGUGAUCCGUGCCGAGUUGGGCAAUGAAAUUAUCUUUUACUCAAGGCUGAUGUAGAUGGGUACAAUGUAAAGAACACAGGCUUUCAGCAACAGACGGAUCUCAGCUCCUCUGUGAAGAGCUGUGCGACCUUGGGAAAGUGACCUAAUUACUCUGAGCCCAGGUUCUCAUUUGUAAAUGGUCAUAAUACCUACCUCAUAGGGUUGUUGUGAGGAUUAAAAUGAGAAAAUGAAUGUAAAACACUUAGCAUGGUAUAUGAAAUACUGGAUCUUGAAUAAAUGAUAGUUAUUUUUUACUUU